UCCUUGAAUGGAGCAUUCGAAUUCUCUUGUCCAACGAAGGCACACUGGUGGUUCCGGGCCAAAUCGAUGUGCAAGUCUCCAAGUUCCUAUAUAUGCUUAUAUGACGUGACUUUUCGAGUAAAUGUAUACAAAGAUAAAUGUUAUAGACCUAGAAUUCUAGCUCCUGGAUAUAAAUACGUUUAUCAGCCAAACUUGAAUAGGGCAUCAUGCAAUGUUACUCGAUAUCAGCCUUUUAUUUUUGAUACGAUUGGGAGCAGCGAUUGCACGUUUCUGAAAUCUGUUUGCAACAGUGAAGGCCAAUCGACGUAUGACAACGGCACCACAAAAUCCGACAGAACAUGCAAGUGUAAUACCGAUAGAGGAUAUACAUAUGUGAAGGAGCCUAAAAACCAUAACUACUGUAAUCCCUCAAAUGAAGAUUGCUCUUGUCAUAUGGGCACUAAUCCAAAGAAAAACACAAUUGGCUCGAUAGAUUUUAAAUACUAUGAAGAAAUAAACAUAACACCAAGCCAGUCACGUGGAAAUACGUUUAAUAUGUCCAAAGAAAUAAAGAUUUUUGACUUCGACAAUUACAAAUACAAUAUAGCUUGUCCUACACGUAAGUUUAAACUUGAUAAGGCAAACAAGCAUAUAUAG